AGCCCGGCCAAUCGCCGCCAGGGAGCGGUUGCCUGGGUGCCGGUGCUGGAGCAGGGAGCGGCGGAAAGUCGCUAUUGCUGUCCGCGGCCGAGCGACCCCUCCCCGUUGUGUGUGCGCCGCCGGGCCCAGCUGCCGCCGCCGCCAUGUCGUCGCCGUCGUCGUCCGGGGAGCAGUACGAGGAGGAGGAGGAUGGCGCCUACGAGAGCCAGGCCAAGCGCCUCAAGCCCAGCGCCGCCGCCGAGGAGGGCGAGAUCGAGUACGGCGGCGCCGAGGAAGGCGAGAGCCGCCGGGAGAAAGCAGCGGGCCCCCGCGGAGGGGGCUUCUCGGGCGGGGAUGUGGGUGGAAGUCAUCACAAAGUGUCUAUUUCUCCUGUCGUCCAUGUCCGAGGACUCUGCGAAUCAGUUGUAGAAGCGGACCUUGUGGAGGCUCUUGAAAAAUUUGGAACCAUAUGCUAUGUCAUGAUGAUGCCAUUUAAACGCCAGGCUUUGGUGGAAUUUGAAAACAUAGAAAGUGCCAAGAAGUGUGUGACAUUUGCCGCAGAUGAGCCAGUGUAUAUUGCUGGACAACAAGCUUUUUUCAACUAUUCUACAAGCAAAAGGAUCACUCGGCCAGGGAACACAGAUGAUCCAUCAGGUGGAAACAAAGUUCUCCUAUUAUCAAUUCAAAAUCCUCUCUACCCAAUUACAGUGGAUGUCUUGUAUACUGUGUGCAACCCUGUUGGGAAAGUGCAACGUAUUGUUAUAUUCAAGAGAAAUGGAAUACAAGCAAUGGUUGAAUUUGAAUCAGUUCUCUGUGCUCAGAAGGCUAAAGCAGCACUCAAUGGAGCAGAUAUAUAUGCAGGAUGCUGUACACUAAAAAUUGAAUAUGCAAGGCCAACUCGACUUAAUGUCAUUAGAAACGACAAUGAUAGUUGGGACUACACUAAACCGUAUCUGGGCAGACGAGACAGAGGGAAGGGCCGCCAGAGGCAAGCCAUUCUGGGAGAACACCCUUCAUCAUUUAGACAUGAUGGCUAUGGAUCACAUGGUCCUUUGUUACCCUUACCAAGCCGGUACCGAAUGGGGUCUCGGGAUACUCCAGAGCUUGUUGCUUACCCACUACCCCAGGCUUCCUCCUCUUACAUGCAUGGUGGAAAUCCUUCUGGCUCAGUUGUCAUGGUUAGUGGGUUGCAUCAACUAAAGAUGAACUGUUCGAGGGUCUUCAACCUGUUCUGCUUGUACGGAAAUAUUGAAAAGGUAAAAUUUAUGAAGACUAUUCCAGGCACAGCAUUGGUAGAAAUGGGUGAUGAGUAUGCUGUAGAAAGAGCUGUCACACAUCUCAACAAUGUCAAGUUAUUUGGGAAGAGGCUUAAUGUCUGUGUGUCCAAGCAGCACUCAGUAGUGCCCAGUCAAAUAUUUGAGCUGGAGGAUGGUACAAGUAGUUACAAGGAUUUUGCUAUGAGCAAGAAUAAUCGCUUUACCAGUGCUGGCCAAGCAUCCAAGAAUAUAAUCCAGCCACCCUCUUGCGUGCUACAUUAUUAUAAUGUACCCCUGUGUGUGACUGAAGAAACCUUCGUAAAGUUGUGUGAUGACCAUGAAGUUCUCACUUUCAUCAAAUAUAAAGUGUUUGAUCCAAAACCUUCUGCCAAAACACUCUCUGGUCUGCUGGAAUGGGAAUGCAAGACAGAUGCAGUGGAGGCCCUCACUGUACUUAAUCACUACCAGAUAAGAGUCCCAAAUGGCUCUAAUCCUUAUACCUUGAAGCUUUGCUUCUCUACUUCAUCCCAUUUAUAGAGAGAAGAAGAAAGCAUGUUAGGUGCUACAUUCACCUAGAUUUGCAAGUUUGAAACUACAUUUCAUUCAGAAGCUCUGAAGUUGUUGCUCUAAUGUUGCCUCAUCUCCACUUAAUUCUAAGAUCUCCUAUCUUGUUUUAAAAUAAAUGGCUGUUUCUUCAUAAAUACAGAAUAAACCUUCUCUCUUUGCUUCUGAA